AGGUAAAACCAAUAUGGCGGAUUAAAAGAAAAUAGCAACGUCUGUAGUAACCAGUAGUAACCAGUAGUAACUAGUUGUAACGUCUGUCAAGAUCUUAUCUUGACUGCCAACAUUUGAUGGAAUGGCGUAAGCUGAGGCAAAUCAUACAACAAGCUAGGAGCCAGGCUAAAUCUCAGAAUGGUAAGAUAUGGUACGAUCUGUAUCAGGAGCACAUAGUGUCCCAACUAGAUGGUAGUACAGACGACAUGUUGUUCUACGUGAGACACAGUACACCCCAGCUAGAUGAUCCUAGUACUCUAUUAGAGAUAUUCAGGGUAGAGGACGUGAAGAAACCUGACUUUAACAACAGGAAGUAUAGUUGGAUGGAAACGUUUUAUCUGAACAUGCUGCUUCACCAUUUCAACUUCAUUAUGACGUGCGCGGUGUGUGAACAGAAACCACCAGGCAAGGCUCUCAAGAUAUACAGGAGUUUUAGUGUCCCUGUGUACGGGUCUCCCAACAAACACAACAUGAGCGGUAAAGCUAAGAGCACUAGUAUUUCCUAUCCUAACAUUUACUUCUCUGUUUUUAACUUUGAUGAGAUCUUCAAUGGGAUUGUUCUUACUGAUAAUGAAAUGGUUUGCGUUGAGCUGGUAGCUGUUGACAAAGCAGAAACAGUACAAAUAUCAGUUUUCCUGGGAUCUAUCAGAUACGAGAUACUGAGAUCAACCUUGGAGAACAGGGCAAGUCUGAAGAGUAAGUUCCUGAAGCAAGUUUCUCUGGGUCUCUACCCUGGAGAACAGACCUCUCAGUUCAUCACAAUGAAUGGUCCCAAGUGUAGAGGCAGAGUGGAAAUGUGUGUCAGUUCUUUUAAACCGGAUAUCAACAAGGACUUCGUUGUCAGUUUUGACAGAGAAGCAGAUCACCUGGAGACAGAAGGCGGGAAAGGAGGGGGAGGGUCCUCGGUAAGGUCUGUUAGUAGGUCAAGUGAACCAGACACCUCAGAUAGUAGGCGACUCAGCUCCAACUCCAAACAAAGAUACGUAUCUAACAACUGGGUAUUUAAACCCUCUUCCUCCCACAACUACGUUAACGCUCAGCUAACCUAUCUGACUCUCCGCUGGGACGAACUUCUAGACGACCUGAUAGAGUGUAAAAAGAAGCCUACUCUUAAAAGCAGAUAGAUUUUACUGAACUUGUAAAGGCAUGUUAUCAAGUGUGCACUGUGCAGUUAUCACCCUUAAACUUACUCAGUUUCAAUUGAGUUAUGGUUAAUUUGACAUUAUAUAAUAUCGUCCAGUUGUUUCUUUUUUGUAAUGUGAUUUUUAAAAGUCCAGUGGGUUAAUAAAUUAUGUUUUUGAAAUUUUGAAGCUCUAUUUUUGAUCAUACUGAAGAUUUACAUGUUUUAAGGUAUUUUUUACCUAUCUUUUUAUCACUAAAAUUAUUAAACAUAAUUCGGUGGUACGUGUGAUGUGACACUGUUGAUUGACCCAACAGGUUAUAGCAGAUAUUAAGUUUCUCUUUUUGUUGAGUUUAUGUAUAUAAUUACAGAAAGAUAUAAUUAAUGAUGGGUAAGAACAGUAAUUAUUGUACUAUAUAUACUUAUAUAGCUGAGUUGUAGAAAAAAAUAUAUCGAACAAAAUGGAACAUUCUCGAAACGUGGUGAAUCAAAUUGCUCGUUCAGCUAAAUAUGUGGCGACGGCAUCUUAUGUAUUUAUAUGUGUAAUACAAGACACAUCUAAACCAGAAUAUUCGGGUUAAUGAGGUCCCAUCUAUUCAAUUAUCUCCGCUUACCGUGCAAGUCAGCUGUUCUUAUCUCAUUAGACACGUUAUCUUGUGACUACACCACAAGGAGUAUCUCAAGGAGCAGUAUAUCUGUCAUGUAAGACCACGUUUCCAAAACUUCGUCAAAAGUACCACUACCGCUCGGCGUGGUGGACACUCUUUUGAGUUCUGUGCCAUGCUAGCAUAUUCUACAAUCAUUACUGAAGUUGUAUCUCAAGUAUUGUUACUCGUCAUUUAUGUGCUUCUUUGCCGUGGACUGGAACAUGAAGUACGACAACCCGGACACUUUCGGAUAAACCUCAUCAAACUAUUGAAAUAAGUACCGUACCCCCUUUAGCCCCCCCCCUUUCUAUUUGGUACACUAGACCUCUACCCCCCCCCCCCCCCCCCCCCCCCCCCGGCCCCCUGGAAUCACAUCACAUUACCCUGCUGACCAACCUUCCAGAACUAUUAUUGUACUCUUGCAGAAUAUUCUCGUGAUCAUUCAUUAUUCCUUGGUAGAUUGUUCUCCUCUCCCAUUAAUGUAAUGCAUUUUGUUAUUUAGCAGUCUGCCUAUUGCUGAGACACGAGAUUAUUGUACCGCUAAUAUGUGUGCUUUUUAAAUUAUAAUUGCAUUUAACAGUAAUGAAUUUAUUAGUCAGUAAAAGAUCCGAUUGUGAUCGGCAUUUUUGUUUUUCCCUCUUUUUUGUUUGUUUGUUUGUUUGGUUUUACGUAUCAGAUGCAAGGCUAGAUUUAAAAUUGUCCUUUAAGGUCAAAAUCGUUCUCAGUAGAAUGUUCUCAAGUAAGUUUCUAGAAUUUUCUAAAUCUUAUAAAUGUUAGUCAGAUUUUAUAGAAAAAGCUGUUUUUAUUCUCUGGUUAAAGUUUGUUUCUAUAUUAGAUUUAAUUUAUGUUUUCGAAUAUAUAAUUAUAAUCAUUGUUUUAGUAAAUUCUUUUUGAUUCAUUACAGAAUACAGGUAAUAAAUGUAUUAUAUAAAGUUUGUGAAUUUGUUGAGUUUUAGUUCAAGUAAAGGUUUCAGAAACAAACUUAUAUGCGAUUGAUGUUGUUUAUUAAAAAUUAGCACAAAUAAUCAUUAAUCACUUG